AUGCCCAUGUUAUCCCGAGUCCAGGACUCGUACAGGUCUUCCUCGACCGUUUCUCUCCCGGCGGAAAUCAUGGUCAUGAUCCUCGUCCAUGCUAUUGCAGAAGAGAAGGCCGCUGCGAAGGCGGAGGGAUGCUCGCCACAUUCGUGGAUGAAAUAUCUCCACAUCUGUGGGACAUGGCGAGAUCUACUACAUACUGUGUCGACCAUCUGGGAUGACAUCGAGGCCACGAACUCGGAAGUGGCGGAAUACAUGCUGACUCGGCUCGAGCUCGAAAUCCAGCACACAGGCGACAAGGUUCUAAGGGUGCUGAAGAAAGAGUCGUCGCAUAUCAGAUCCUUGAAGCUUGUCAUGCCUGGAGAGAUGUGGCAACGCCUGGGACAGUGUGCCGCGCCUUGGUCCUUCGAGCGCUUGGAGUUCCUGCGGAUCGAGGCACCGAUGAUGGAGGGCAGUCCCACCCAUUUGCCAUUCCUCGCUCCGGAUCUGCAACACCUGCGUUCUGAAGGGUUCGUGCCGGCGGCAGUCAAGCAAGCACUUUCUCCAAACCUAAGAACGCUGGCCAUCCAUUGUUUCGAUUUUACACAAAUGGCAGAUGUCAUGGCAGUCUUGCAGGCCGUUCCAAGGGUGGAGAAGCUGGCCAUGAUGUUUCGUUGGGAAGAGGACGCGCACGACGGCGGAAUUGCACAGAUGGCGAUACUCCCAUCCUUGACAAACUUGGACUUUUUUAUCUUCAGCACGAAGCAUAUCGAACUUCUUGCCUCUCUCCACUAUCCCGAUUCGGCUUUCCAGGCUUUUCACUUAGUGCCAUAUGACUGGUCGACGUCUGAACUAAUUGAAGGGCUGAGUCGAACCGCUAACGAGGUCAUAGGGAAGCACAACCUUCGUCAUUGUACUUUCCGUACCCUGAAGCCCAAAGGAUUACUGAUCAGCUUUUCAAGGCUGCCAAAGGUUGCAAUAGCACAGUGGCCACAAUUCUCGAUGACACUUCUCCACUAUCAAGUUGAGGAAGAGGCCGGAAUUAUGGAUAAGCUCGCCGAAUAUUUUGGCCCUUCUUUCGCCGCCAUUGAGAACCUCUCAUUCGAAGAACUGGCGGUCCGCUCGACAGCCAGUCUGGAUUCAUGGAAGGGUAAUCAAGUGGGAGGUCCUCAAAGAGGCAGAGGCGAACUCCCGGGCAACCGAAGUUGGGGGGGUACGACAGUGAAAAAGACCCGGAAGAGUUCGACGGAUGAGCGGGUAGGAUGGGGACGCGAAUUGCGGGUUUUAUUGGGACACCAUGUAGGCUAUGUCAAGGAAUUUACGCUUAAAACGGGUCACUGGACACCGGCAGAAGAAGAUUCCGUGCUGUCCUCUUCCCGUUCGACAUCACAGGCGAUGUCUCGAGUAUCAAGAAGUCCGGCAAUACCUGCGUUAUUGCAACAACAGCCACAGAAUUCCUACAGGUUGGCAACAAUCAGCCGUCUUCCAGCAGAGACCAUGGUCGCAAUUCUGGUGCUUGCCGUUGCGGAAGAGAAGGCCGCAGCAGAGAAAGAAGGACACUCGCCACAUUCCUGGAUGAGGUAUCUCCACGUUUGUGGCACCUGGCGCAACCUCCUGCAAAACAAGUCGAGUAUCUACGAGUACGGCGAAGCAACAUGCGAAGGGAUUCUAAGGGUGCUGAAGGGGGAGUCCUCGCGCAUCAGGGCAUUGGACCUCACCAUGCCUAUGGAAAUGUGGCUGUCGCUCUGCCAUGGCAAGCCGAAGCUUUGGAUGUUUGACCAGCUGGAGUCUCUGGUCGUGACUAUGCCUACGUUUUGGUAUACCCAUGCCGCAAUACCGUUCAUGGUCCCGAAGUUGCAGGAGCUUCGCACGAAUGGAUUCGACCUAUCUGCCAUCCAGCCACUCAUAGGUCCGAGCCUGAAGAUGCUUGUCAUCAGAGAUGAAGAACCUACGCGAAAAAGUGACGUCCUCGCGGCACUACGGGCGGCUCCUCAUCUAGAAAAUCUUACCCUCAACGUUCGUUUCUGGAGCGGCAUCGAUGACUCGAGGAAUCCGCCAAGCGUAGAACUUCCUUGCCUGAAAUACGUCAGGGUGUACAUCGAGAGCGAGGAGCACAUUGAGCUUCUUCCGCUUCUCCGGUAUCCAGACACGGCCUCGACCACCUUCGAGCUGGACUGCACAAGAUACUGGGAGGAGUCGACACUAGUUAGCGACGUCGGUCAUAUCGCCAACGAGGUCAUAUUGAAGCAGGGACUUCGCCGCUGCCUUAUCAGCAAAUUCUCCACGUCGAGCUUCAAGAUCGCAUUCUCUAGGUUGACGGACGGCUCGGGUGGCAUGACAGGGGGCAAAGAAUUCACACUUGCCCUGAGAGGCUGCUGCAACGCCGACGUGGAGACCAGUAUCAUGAAGCAACUCGCCGAACACUUCGGGCCUUCGCUUGCGGCAAUCGAGCAGUUGCAGCUCUAUAGGCUGUCCAUCCGGACACGAACGAGCGCCCGCGCAUGGAAUAUCCUGUUCCGAGCCAUGGCCAGGGUAUACGAGCUGGAGGCGAUUAGGACCACAGCAGCGCGCUUCCUAGCUGAAUUCCUGAUUACCCUUCGGACCGGAGAGACAGACACCGCCGAGAGGGUGUUCUGGAAACUCAAGAACGUCACAUUGAGCCAGGUGCUAUUUGGCCCGACAUAUCCAGAUGCCGAGAGCGAUGCAUCUUUCCAAAACCUACUAAGGUUUGCUCAAAUCCUUCACGCAGGAAAAAAGAGCGCAAACCUUACUAUCAUGGACGGCAUAAAUCUCCCAGCCGCGGAUGUUGAGCGUGUGCGGGCAACCAAAGCGGAAGUGGCGGAAUACAAGUCGGCUCCCGGUCGAGCACGAAAGUCAGCCGUGGAAGCCUUCUUCGCAGAUGACGAUGAGGUGGAGCCAGGCGGAACUGAUGACAAGGUCCUCGCAGUGCUGAAAAGAGAUUCAUCGCACAUCAUGGGCUUGAAGCUUGAUAUGCCGAGGGAGCUAUGGCAACGAUUGGAGCGAAGCAGUCCCAUUCCUUGGAUAUUCAGCCACUUGAAUGACCUGCAUGUCACACCACCGAGCAGAUGGCGCGGUCAACCACGGAUUCCCUUCCUCGCUCCGCAUCUGCGGGUUCUGCGUUCCGAUGGCUUCGAGGCAUAUGCCAUCCAUCAAUUGGUGUCAUCUAGUCUGACGACGUUGGUCCUCCUUCAUGCUGGUAGUCAGCGAAAACCGCACGUUCUAGCGGCACUGCGAGCCGUACCAAAUCUAGAGCAGCUCCCCCUUCGAGUCUGUCUUGCGGAGGAGGAGAAAGGUGGUAUGGAUGCUAUGAUGAUCGCAAAUCUCCCGGCCCUUAGAUACUUUGAGUUCUGCCUUGAAUGGGAGGAGAAUCUCUGGCUUCUAGGAGCGCUCCGUUACCCAGACACGACCUCCGUGAUAUUCGGCCUCUCAUACGUCCGUGAGUGGGGGACGGCUGCCCUGCUUGAAGGCGUCGGCACGAUUAUCAACGGAGUUGUAUUGAAGAAGGCGCUUCGUCGUUGUACCAUCCGUAUCUGGGGCACAGAUGGCUUGAUGAUCUGGUUCUCAAGACUGCCGGGAGAUACGGAUCAUACAAGGAGGGAACAAGUGAUUACAUUGAUCUUUCGUGGCUACAAAGACAAGGAUGAAUACGGCAACUUGGGACUUCUGACUGAAAGCACCAGCUCGCAGCAGUCGAACACUUCCAUGUCCAGGAAAUGGUGGUUCGCACUGCGGCAAGCGCACAUGCAUGGAAGAACGUACUUCGAGCGGAAGACAUCUCCACGAGGGAGUCAAUCUCACGGACGAGGACGCCAGGCAAGUGGAGCUGGAUGUAGGUACCACAGAGGUCGUGAUCGAUCCAAGAUAGAUGUAGAUGUAGAGGCGGAAGGCAGUAGCACCAGGAGGAGCUGCAAUCCGGAAGGAGAAGGCAGUGGGACAAGAGCAGGAUAUAGUUUCAGAGGAUGA